GUGAACAUCGCACAACACACGUGAACGGCUCAACCAAAAGCGUUUUCUAAGCUUUUUUAGGGACCAUGCAGUUUAGAACACACGGCUUAUGUCAGGAUUUUCUAUCCGCUGGAUUCAUGUAUCAACCGUCCAGUUGUUGCCAGUGACUGAGGGCGUCGUGUGUAGGCGGCUACUCGUUGAAAGCUCGCACGUUAAGAGAAGUUCUAUCAGCGAAAUGAUUUUAUUUCCAAGACUGACUCCACCAUCACAAGGGUGACUUGUUUAUUUAGCGGAUAAGUUGCAACUUUAUCCAGCGCCGGAUUGAUAGUUUUUAAAGACACGGAUUCGGUGUUUUUUGCUUUAGAACCUUCGACUUGCCCGUCAAGAUUACACUGUGGAUUUCGGUUGAACUCCGGAAUUAACUACAGUCAAGAUGAGUUCCCAGACAACGCUAGCUUCUUACUACAGCAACUAUUCUUAUAAUGAGACUUAUUUUGAAGAGCCCGUAGACGCUUAUGAAGCGGUAGCUAUGGGGUUCCUGGUCCUGUUCGGCAUCGUCGGAGUAGUGGGCAACGGAACCCUGGUCUGUAUCGUCCUCUUCAAUCCGGACAUGAGGUCAGUUCCGAACAUUUUGAUAGCGAGCCUCGGACUUGGGGAUUUCUUUGUGGUCAUAACCUCGGUUCCAGUCACCUUCGUGUCGUACCUUUAUACCGAGUACCCGUUCGGUGUCGCUAUGUGUAAGUUCGGCAACGUGGUGCCGAUAAUCUCACACGGGGUGUCUGUCUUCACCCUCGCUGCCCUGAGCUACGACCGCUACACUGCCAUCGUCCGCCCCAUGCAGAGGCGGCAGUCCAACGCCGUUGCCCGGACAUACAUCGUCUCAGUUGUCAUCUGGUGCAUGUCGAUUCUUCUCGGUACCCCAACAGCAAUUUACGCCCGGUUGGAAAUUUACGAAUACGAAGGUGUCAGCGUGGCUAUAUGUCUACCCUACCCGGUCGGCUCGGUGGAAGCUAAGGUCCACGAAGUCUUAAGGUGUUUCAUUAUGUUCGUUGGACCUCUUGCCAUUAUUAGUUGUUACUACCUGUUGAUUGCGGCGCAGCUGUACCAAAGCUCCAGGGCGAUUCCUUGCGAGGGUCACGGGGACUCGAGGCAGCUCAGAGCCCGUCGCAGACUGGCCAGGACUGUUCUUGUACUCGUGGUUAUAUUUGCUAUCUGUUGGAUACCUCAUUUUAUAUACAGGUGAGUUUUCAAACAUUUUCAAUUUGCGUGUUUUGUACACUUUAUAAAGACCCCUUUAAGGUGCUCAGAUUGUAACGCGAGUCAUUGGUGUAACGUAACAUGUUGUCAGAUAUCCUGCACACCGCGAACCAAGAUACUGACAAAAUAG